GAACUGCGCGAGCGGCGGCACUGAGGUACCGCGCGGUGCCCGUCUGUCCCUGCUCUGUGGGGCUGUUGUUUUCUCUUUGUUGUUUCUUUUCCUGCGGUCUUGUCCUGUCUCCCUCCCCCGUUUUCGUGCCGCUGCGUGUUCCUCGAUGCGUGGCCUGCAGGUCCUGCCCUGCCAUGGUCUUUUUGCCUGCGCCUUCUCCUUCGGUCUCCUGCGGCCCCCGGAGAAGCUGUGCCCUGUGAAGGGUGGGACACGCUCUCUACGUGCUUUUUGCCCGUACCUGUGCGGAGAACAUCUCUGCCCGUAAGUCGCCGCCUGUCGUGUGUGUAGCGGUCCGGGUCUCUUUCCCAGAGCCGAUUGCAGGGCCGGGCAGGUGUGUGAGUGGAGAAAACUGUGGAGUGGCCGGCCCGGCAUGCCCAAGGGCCCUGUCCCCAGGUGGAGUGUGAGAAUAAGGUCAAGAAAGACUCAAAAGGACUACUGAAGGUUAAGUACUGUAACUUACUGCAACAUACUUUUUAAAUAAUUUUGAUUUUGCAAUGUUGAAGUGACAAAACAUGGAAGCUGAGACCAUCUUAAGUCUUAAACAGCAACUGAAGGAAGCAGAGAAUGAGCGAAGGAAGGCCGCACAAUAUGGCUUGUGUUUACUGGAGUCCCAAAGUGAAGUUCAAAAUCAGUUGGAUCAAACUCGUCGUGAAUUGACUGAGAAAAUGGAGAAAUUUGAACAAGAGAAAUACAGUCUCCAGAGAGAAAUUGAACUAAAGAAUCGCAUGUUGGAGAGCUUGGGAUUUGAAUGUGAAUCCCUUAAACAACAACAAAACAUGCAACUGGAUAAACAGAAAGAACAGCUUGCCAGAGUCUAUGGACAAGAAAUCAGGGACCUUAAAAACAAGUUGGAGAGCUUGAAAGCAGAACUGGAGGAAACCCAGCUGUCAGAGAAACAAUUAAGGCAGAAGGUGGAUCAUCAGAAGGAAAUAAUUGCUGCCAAAUCAGAAGAACUGCACAUGAUGUCUGAGCGUGUACAUGAGACCAUGUCUUCAGAAAUGCUUAAUCUGCAGCUAGAGCUCACUGAACUAGAGCACGUGAAGGUCAGUGUUGAAGAACAGCUGAAUGAACUGCGGUAUAGUAAAGAACAAUUAGAACUCACCAACAGUAACUUACGUCAUCAGCUGGAGCGUCUACAGGGAGAAAAAGAAGAGAGGGAAAAAGAAGUUAUUUCUUACUGUAAUGCAUUAGAGAAAGCUCGUGAAGGUAAUCGGGAGCUUCAAAUUCAGCUGGAUCAUGCACUACAGCAAUCUUCAGACCCUACAAGUAAAGGCAAUUCUCUCUUUGCUGAGGUGGAGGACCGCAGGGCAGAAAUGGAGCGACAGCUGAUCAGUGUGAAAAUAAAGUAUGAGUCACUACAAAAACAGCACGCGUUCACUAGAGAGCAAUGGCAAAAAACGAAGCUGCAAAUGGCUGCGUUGCUACGGAUUAAAGGAUCUCAGGCAGAAUUUGAGCAGUUGGAACGCUUACAGUCGAUGUUAGAACUAAAGAAUCGUGAGGUAGAAGAUCUUCUUAGGCAAGUGAGGCAGCUAGAAAAAUUUAAGACUUUAUAUGAGAAUAUGAAAGAAUCCAGACCGAGUAGUAGCUCGAAAGGAGGACAGUCUGAAGAUGAUUACUAUGCAGAUUUACUGCAAAUGAAACUUGACAACUCGAACAAAGAAGUUGAAACCUUGAGAAAUGAACUGUCUGUGGAGAGGAUGAAAGCUCUGUGUGAGAGCCAAAGGGUUCUGGAAGUCGAAAGGAAGCUCUUCAAGGCUGAGAGGCUUUUGCAAGCUUGUCAGAGUGAUAAUAUGAACUUGCAAGUUAAGCUGGAUGAGCUAAAAAUGAAAUACGAACCUGAAGAAUUAUUUAAAGAUACUAAAAUAAAAAAGAGGAGGGAGAAAAUACCAGUGGACAGUACUGGUGAAUUCUCGGACACUAAAAAUGCUUCAGUAGAAGAAGUUGCUCUCGCUCAGUUGCCAAGUAAGGAAGAAACAAAGAUGACUUCGAAGAAUGUGGAGCGAAGUGGUGCAUCUCUGAAAACACAUGCUCUUGAAGUACCACAGAAGGAGACAGCUCUUCAAGCAAGGCAAAAAGCAGUUGAACCUGAAAGAGAAAAAAAGAGAGUUAAAAUUAAAGAUGAGGACCAUGAUGCCUCUACUUUGUGUAGGCCAAGUGAAAGUAAUUCCUUGACUUCAGCGGCCCCCAGGUCAGUGUCAGCUUCUGUCUAUGGUCAAGGCAAUCAGCACAGACCUGCAUCUCUUUUCUUUCGCUGCAUGAACUGUGCUAUCCACUUUUUUAUCUAUUUCCUCAGUCUUGCAUGCAAUGUAAUUCCUCAGCUCCGACUGCCUACGUUGAACCUUUCAGAAGCUCUUAGAAAGACUAAAAUGAUGACUAAUGAAAGACUCUUGAAACCAUAACAAUCUUUGAAACAACUUUCCCAUUACUUGAAAAUGCUUAAGGCAUGCAGAUAGCAUGACUGUUCACUUGGUUUGCUCUAACUUCAGAAAUCGGACCAAAAUCCAAGCUGCCACACAAGGUGUUACAUAUCAAAGCAGCAAAGGCAAUAGAUACCAUGCUUCAGUUUCAUACCUAUUUUCAGCCCUCAUCAACUUUCACAUUUAGCUAAAAGCCUGUGUAUUAUUUAAAUGAAAUCAUUCUUAAACUGAAUAGGGUUAAUAAAACUUCCAUUGUACAAGAUAAUAGGCAAUUAAUUAUACUAUUUCUGUUGUCUGAUAACUGACUUCCACAGUCUAGAUGCACAUUAGCUAGAAACAGAACUGCUGAAAUAAGAUCAAGUUUUUCCCCCAAACUGAGAAUCCGAGUUACUUUUUGUCAGAUGGUAAAGUAACUUAGUACAGUAAUGAGCUCCAGCUUUUGUCUCGAUAAAAGGAAUGCUGAUUUUUGUGUUCUUUUUGUCCCCCAACUUAUGUUUUUGUUUUCUGUUCAUAUUCAUAAUCUUAGUAAAAACAUGUUUGAGGGGCGCAAAAAAAAGUCUCUGAUAGUCUACAUGUUUUGAUCUUGCAACUUGCUAUUGUCUGCUAGUAACAGUAGUUUACUGAAUGCAGAAAGACAGCAGCUUCAAAGCUGGAGGGAGGUCUGACACAUGGAAAUCUGUACAGCAUAUCCCAAAUCUAUGGCAUUUAGAAGGAGCUGGAUUGAUGUUUUGACUCUCAGAUCAAUUAUUCAAGGUUGCAGUGGAUGCAAUUAACAGAUUUAAAGUAACAGUAUAAUCUUUUGAAAUAGGCUGGAAAGAAUAUGGCAGAACUAGCAGUUUAAGUAGCUAUGUCAAAAUGUGGAGGGGCUGUUGCUGAGCAGGAAAGGUUGGGGAGGUUAAACAUGGAUGGUGAAAGUUGAGAGGAAAGAUUGGAUAAUUCAGUGAUGGUGUUAUGCUUUGACCAUGUUCUGUACACAUAAAACAUGUAACAUGGGUGUUGGAAGUUUGACUUUAUUUCCUUGUAUAUAUUUUGAAAGGAAGAUGCAGUGUCUGCCAACAGAAACUUGUUGGAAACAGUUUAUAUGAACUGAAGGGAUAAACCUACCAGAGAGGGAGUGGGGAGAGCAGAACACUUUGGGGUUGAUGUUUGAAAACAGAGCGUGUGGGAAAAGUGGAAUGGCAAGAUGAAGUUGUCAAAGUUCAGAGGGGGGUUCUAAUUGUGCACCCGUUGCUGUUGGUUCAAAUAAGGGAUAAAACAUACAUCCAGUAGAUCUAAAAAAAAAUAAA